AUGGAUAGUGAUAAUAAUAAUAAUAAUAAUAGUCAACAACUAAGGAGGACUAUAAGUGUUUUAGAUGAAGAAACUGAUCGAUGCAAUAGAAGAAAACUAGUAUUACAAGAGAUACUCAAUACUGAAAUAUCAUAUUAUAAUCAUUUAGAUAUACUUAUUAAAAAUUAUAUUGAACCAUGUUUAGUUGAAAAGGUAUUAAACAAAGAUGAUAUGAUGAUUGUAUUUAAUAAUGCCGUCGAUGUAAAGGAUCAGAGUAAAAGAUUUUUAAAUGCUUUAGAGACUAGUUUGGGUGUAGACCUAGAGAAUGGAAUGAAUUAUGCAUUGGCCUUUUCUAGUACAUUUAGAUUGGAGAUAUUUAUAACUUAUAUUGUUGGAUAUGAAAGAGCCCUGACGCGGUUGAGAGAUAUUAGACAAAAGAACAAAUCAUUUGUUAGGUUUUUAGAGAAACGAAGAAACUCUGGUUUGGAUCCAGGUUCAAAUACACUUGGUUUGGAAAGUUAUCUUGUCAUGCCAGUUGGCAGGUGUCCAAGAUACAUGCUACUAUUCCAAGAACUUUGUAAAUUAACUCCUAUCACUCAUCCACAUUAUCAAUCCAUUGUAGAUACAAUGGCAUCUCUACAAAAGAAUCUAGAGGAUAUUAAUAGACAUCUUCAUCCCGAAAUUAAUAAUACCAAUAAUAAUAAUAAUAAUAAUAAUAAGAAGAAAAUUAUUAAUAAUAAUAAUGACAAUGAUCAAAUAGAUGAUGAUAAUAAUGAUCGUCCACUUAUCGUGGACAAAGAUAACAAUAACAAUGACAGUGAAGUUGUUGUUGGUGAUAACAAUAAUAACAAUAAUAAUAACAAUAGCAAAUGCAUGGUGAUAAAAAGAGAGCAAUUUGAAGAAGAGAAGAUGACAGAAAGCCCAGCAGUAAACAGCCAUUCCGCCGAGUCAAACAGCUUUGACUCGCCAAGUGCCGGCUUUGAGAAUAUGUCAUCGACCACUGAUUCGUCGUUUGUCGAGAUCAACUCUACGUCGUCAGCAGGUUCAUCACCAUCACUCUCAUCGACUUCUGUUCCAAACAACAACAACGGUAUUGGACAAGUAGAAGAGUCAUCCAACAUGUCACUAGAAAAAGAUUCUGUUGCUCCUGCUGGACCGUCAAACGGUGUAGUAGUCUCUAAUGAUGGAGAUGCUACAGUAGCAACAGACAGUAAUGGAACCAACAACAACAAUAACAACAACAAUAACAACAAAACCCCAACUACCACCACCACUGUCGUCGCCGAAGACAAUGAAUAUGCCAAUUUGACAGAAGAUGAAAGAAAAAAGAUCAACAAUGACACCAAGGAUAUUAUCAAAAGAGCUCCAUUAAUAGUCGGUGAGUCUUGGUUUUUGAUCAACUAUGAAUGGUAUGACAAGUGGUUAAAGAAUAUUUUUAGCCCAGACGAAUUGGGUCCAAUCAACAACUCGAAUCUUCUUGUUCCAGGAACUGAAUUUAUUAAACCAGGUCAAACUGAAAAUACUCAUUUUGCUGUUGUUCCUGCUCAAGUAUGGAAUUACUUUUUAAAAUCAUAUGGAUGUAGUCCAAUUGUAUCAAGAAAGGUAGCAAAGAAUUUCAUGUCUUCUUCAAUUGAUUAUAAUUACCCAGUACCACUUAAAGUAUUUAAAUCUUCACAACAAAGCAACGUUCUUGAUAUCUUUGCUAGCAAAAAUGAAACCGUCAACAAAUUCAAAGAAAGAGUAUGCAAACUCCUCGAUGUUGAGCCACAAAACGUUAGAGUUUGGGAUUACUAUAAUCACAGCAAAUACAAUGAACUUAAAAAUCCAGAAUACAUUUCAAAUUGUAGAUUAAUUGAAGGUCAAAAUGUAUUAUUUGACGAAAGAUUAGCAGAUGGUUCAUGGCCACAAGAAAAGAGUUCAUCAUCUUAUUCAGGUUAUUCUUCAAGAUAUAAUCAAAGAAAUGGACCAGCACGUCCAGGUAUUGCAGGUUUAGAUAAUCUUGGUAAUACCUGUUUUAUGAAUUCUUCACUUCAAUGUUUAAGUAAUGCAAUUCCAUUAACAAGAUAUUUAUUAAAUGAAAAACAUUUAGAAGAUUUAAAUGUUGAUAAUCCACUUGGAUGUAAUGGUGAUUUGGCCAAAGAGUAUGCCAAUUUGAUCAAGCAAAUAUGGAAGGGAGACAUGACAUCUGUAGGACCAAGAAACUUUAAGACGGCCAUUGAAAGAUUUGCUCCCCAAUUUAUGGGCUACCAACAACACGACAGUCAAGAAUUGUUGGCCUUUUUGCUCGAUGGUCUUCACGAGGAUAUGAACCAAGUCAAGAAGAAGCCAUUCUUUGAGGGCAAGGACUAUGACGGUAGAGCCGACGAAAUCAUUGCCAACGAGCAAUGGGAGAUGCACAGAGCUCGUAACAAAUCGAUCAUUGUCGAUUGGUUCCAAGCACAACUCAAGUCAAAGUUAAUUUGUCCAGAGUGCGAAAACAUCUCUAUCACCUUUGAUCCAUUCAUGUACUUGUCGUUGCCACUUCCAGUCAACAUUAGAAAGAUCAUGUCUGUUGUCUAUGUACCAUACAACGGAAACGCCUUGCCAACUCAACACUCGAUCGAGUUGAACAAGAGUUCAACCGUCCAAGAGUUGCUUGAAAAACUCGCCGCCGAACCAAACGUUGCUCCCAUCUCUCAUUUGUUUGCCACUUCUCAAAGUAACAAUCAAAUUAACAAACAUUUGAAACCAACUGGUACUCUUGAUAGUAUUCAUAAUAGAGAUCCAAUCGUCGUGUACGUAAAUCAUAGGAUAAAUAGAUUAAUCUAUGAACAAUAUGAAUUAAAGGAUCCAGCAAAUCAUACAAUUAAAGUAACAAUGAAAACUGGAUAUCAUAGUCAUUUCCCAUUUGUACUUUCAGUACCAUUUGCCGAAUUGACAAGUGUUGAAGAUUUGUAUUUCCACAUUCAAGAGAGAUUGGGUGGAUUGUUAAAGGAACAAGACAGAAUCAAGGAGAUCUUUGAUAGCAACCAAAAACCAAUUGAAAACGAACCAUCCGAAGAAGAGGAAGACAAUAGCUACAGUGGCUACAGACCAUACAAUUACAACAGAAUCAACCACCAAAAGCCAGCAAGAGACCCAAGAUUUAUUUUCCAAAUGACCGUCGACAAUAAGGACUCUAUGAUGGCACCACCCAAAAAGUUUGCAUUCGACCCCAUCAACUUUGACAUGAUCACUCUUCACUGGGAGGGACAAACCUUUGACCGUCACUUUGACGCCGGACAACUUGAGAAUAGCCAGUACAAUACCUUCCAUCGUGACAUUGCUUCUGAAAAGGAGAUUGAACUCAAGACUUGCAUCGACCUAUUUACCAGCACUGAAAAGCUCGGUGCCGAGGACCCAUGGUACUGCAGCAAGUGCAAGGUGCAUCAACAAGCCACCAAAAAGUUUGACAUUUGGUCUGCUCCACCCAUCUUGGUCAUCCAUCUCAAGCGUUUCAGCUACAAAAAGGCAUGGAGAGAAAAGCUCGACACUCUUGUGCGUUUCCCAAUCAAGGACUUGGAUCUCUCGUCUCACGUCUUGUCGCCAUCCGACAGUCCACCAGUCUAUGACCUCUUUGCCGUCUCGAACCACUAUGGCUCGAUGGGUGGUGGUCAUUACACUGCAUAUGCUCUCAACGAGCUCGAGAAUCAAUGGGUAAAGUUUGACGACAGUCACACUCAAAAUGUCGACGCAUCCAACGUUAUCACUGAUGCCGCCUAUGUCCUCUUUUACCGUAGAAAGGAUACCUAUAGCCCAGAUUUCCACUUAAACAAGGGACUUAAAGAGGUAAAGGAUAUUACCACUGAAAUGAACAGUAGCAAUGGCAACGGUAACGGUGAAAAUAGUAAUGGUGGCGGUGGAAACUCACCAAACGGUUAUGAAAGUAGUUCUAGCAACUCUGCAUGGAAUGGAGGAAGUGGAUACAGUGGUCGUUCAUCGGCCGUUAGUUCCACCAACUUGCAAUCAGCUCCAACCACUUCUACUUUUGCUUCUUCACGUGCUCAGGCUGCUACCUCCUCAUCUACCUCUACCACUUCUACCUCUACCAACAACAAUACACGUGGACAAUCUGCCAUCCCCACCACCAGCAACGGCAGCAAUGACACUGGAUCUGCCGACAUUGAAGUUGAUGUUGAACCACUUCCAGAAGGAACUGAUCAACCACUUAUGGAAGUUGAUUAA